AUACUGUCAAUAAAAAGUAGCGUUCUAUGAUAAAAAAUAUGGUGGUCGAAGUCGUUUCUCAGGAAGUGUUUUCAUAAGUUCAUUUUUUAAAUCAAUAGUAAUCAAUUGUAAAAGCUUUUACGAUGGCAGAAGCAGCUGUAGAAGACAGACCUCCACAGAAGUUUUAUUGCCAUAUGUGUAAUGUUCAAUUUCAAAAUGCAUCAGCGAAUUUCACAUGUCCCCAUUGCUCCGAUGGCUUUAUAGAAGAACUGCAGGAAACUCCAGAGGAUAAUGAAGAAAUGAUCGAUGUAGAAGACUGGGUAGACGCAGAUGUGAUGGACAACUUAAUGAAUACUCUGCCACUCAAUGUAGAGGAACGCCGACCUAGGACUAGAUCAGAUGGAGCACAACCAUGGCGAAGGUACCUAAAUCGUUCCAGGACGCUUAGACCCAGGACUCUUACAAGAAUAGCCUCAUCAAAUUUAAGGCAAAAUGUUUCAUUUGAAAAUAUAUUGCAAGAUUUCAUAGUCAAUUUGGGCGUGGGUGUAAACUUUGGCACUGCGGCCAACAUGCAGCUGUUUUUGGGAAAUCCUGGAGACUACGCCUGGGGACGUGAAGGACUGGAUGCUAUUGUCACUCAGCUUCUGAAUCAAAUGGAUACAACAGGUCCUCCCCCGGUGUCAAAAGAAAUAAUAGAUGCCCUCCCCGUAGUCGAAGUGACGGAAGAACAAGUAACUGCGAAGCUACAAUGUUCGGUGUGUUGGGAAGAUUUCCAGUUACGGGAAAACGUUCGUCAAUUGCCAUGUUUGCAUAUUUAUCAUGAACCUUGCAUCCGACCAUGGUUAGAACUGCACGGCACCUGUCCGAUUUGUAGACAGAAUUUAGGAAGUGAUGAACAAACAAAUAGCGACAAUAACCAGGAUUCUGGUGGUACUUCAAGUAAUGGAGCUAAUACUCCGUACAACGUCCUACGCAGCCUAUUCAAUUCCCAAUCUAGCAAUUCCUCAAGCAAUUCUAGCAACUCUAGUUCAAGUUCUUUCGAAAGCUCUGGCGCUAGAACCAGGUCGAGAUCACAUAGUGAUUCCACCAUGUAACCGUAACAUAGUUUAAUGAUAUUUAUAACAAAAGUGAAAUUCAGUAAUAUAGAAAAGUGCUUGCUUUAUAAAAUUAUGUAUAACAUAUACGUUGAGGUCAAACGGUGGACACUGAAUUACGAAUUGUUAACAAGAACUGAUAAACUUGUCACAAAACAAUAAAUAGAAACUGCAAAUUGUUUCCUUUAGUAUGCUACUUUUAUCUUUCUUAAUUGCAAUUGUAUUUUUUAAUGUUAUGGUCAAAAUAUGGUGGAAGUUAAUUUUGAGCUAUUUCUUACUAGCGAAGUAUUUUUUUUAAUAAGAAUUUUGUUUUGGUCUGUUCACUCUACGUUAUGUGUUUUGUCUUUUGAUCCAGGUGACUUGUACGUUAUGAAUAUAUAUGUUUACAGAUACAGAGUUUAUUCCGAAAUCAGUAAUGAACACUAGUAUCGAUUUUGGUUCUUUCACAGAAAAUACUAACGCGGUCCGAUAAGUACUUAGCCUCAAAAAAAAAACAAAAAAUUUGGCAAAUUUGUGUAUUUAUUUCUGAACAUAGUCUCCUUUUAGCUCGAUACACUUGACUCCACCUUCUUUAACCCGUCUAAAAACUACUUUCUCUCGAGUUCUGCAAAAUAAGCUUCCGUGACAGUGAUGAAUUCCUUAUUCGAAUUACAUUUCUGCCCGACCAGUGACUUUUUCAAGUUUGGAAACAAAAAUAAGUCGUACACGGCCAAAUCUGGAGAAUGCGGUGGAUGGGACAGCAGUUCGUAGCCCAAUUCGACCAAUUUGGUCAUGGCGAUGGCGAAGGCACAAGCCGGGGCGUUGUCAUGGCGGAAGAGAAGAAACAGCCCCAAUUCUUUCCCAAUUGGGGCUGUUUUUUCAAAAAUUCGGCGUCGAAUCGGACCAAUAUUGCGACAUAGUAAAGCCCUGUUGCUGUUUUGUCCUUUUUCAGGAAGUGGAUAUAGAUUACACCUUGUGAACCCAAGAAUAUCGUGGCCAUCAUCUUUCCGGCUGAUUGGACAGUCUUCGCCCUCUCUGGAGCAUGUUCGCGAGGUGACGUCCACUGUAUCGACAGUUUCUUGGUCUCUGGUAUAUAUCUCGUCGACUGUUAAGAAACAACGUAAAAACUUAUUUGGAUUACGCUUAAACAGCCUCAGACACUGCUCUGAAGUGGUCUCAUGGUUGCUAGUGAUGUUGAUUAUAGUUACUUUCGAGUAAUCGUUACAAAUCGUUACUUUGAUUACUCUUGUAUUUGAGUACAGAUAAUCAUAUGGAGAAUCGCAUUUCUCAGUACAUAUUUUGUAUUAGUAGGAUACUUUGAUUACUAUGAUUACUUUUGUAUUUGAGUACCGGUAAUCAUAUCGAGAAUCGCAUUUCUCGCAAUAGUAGAAUUAGUUCGCUCGUUCUCCAUUCUUCCGGUAUUAUAUUGUGUUUUGUGAUAUUGUUAAUUAAUGUUGUUAAUUGUUCUGUCAUUGCUGCUCCACAAUAUCAGUAAUCUCAAGUAAUCUGUUUGCAUCAAUUAAGUGCCAAAAACAAGCCCUCGAAACUCUAGAUGACGUACCUUAGCACUAACCCUGAGCACCCAGGUGCUUCGGAGGUGGUUCUGAUUGCAUAUUCGUGUUCAGUGAUCGCAAAUACCCCGAAAUAAGAAAAUCUGGCCCUUAAUACACUGAUUUUAACAUGCUCAUUUUUCGAUGCGUUUUGUACACUUUAAAAUGUAAUAAUGCAUUUCCACCCAUUUUUCUAUUGUAGACUUUUUUCCAGACGUCAUCCUAAUCCUAAAUACAAUUCAAUAAGUUGCAAGUCUCUAGGUACCUACUAUAUUUAAAAAUAUAUUUAUUCCUGUGUUUGUAGUGUUAAAUGCCCUGGUCUAAUAAAAACAAUGCCAUACCUACAUGUAAAAUUAAAGUUGAUGAUCAUAGUCUAGAGUCUAGAAAUAUUAUCAUUUCUACAUUUUUUCCGGUCAAUCUAAGCUAGGUAUUUUUUUCUAGGUCUGAUAAGAAUAGUGUGUAUUUAUUAUUAAAGUCUAAUGUGUUGUAUUUUUAUUUUCAAUGGAACAAACAUCUGUGAGAUUCUGUGAAUUAUCUACCUCGACAAAUCGUAUUUUAUCUAUAUGUAUAGACAUCUGUUUCUGGGUGCAUGCUUUGUUAAAUGAUUUACCUCCCUCUGUUUCAGCUACUUCUUAGCGCCCUGUAAUCCUGUAAAACUCUUCAUAGCCUUCACCCUUCAUAGAUAAAAUAUUAGUUAACUGUACUGAUACCGAACACUCGUGGAAUACCGGUCCGAUUCCAAUAUCAACCGAUUGUAGAUACAAUACUCAAAUAGGUACUCGCUCUGAUACGAUUGGUAAGAAGUAACGAAGUAGUCAGAGUAAUCAAAGUAACGAUUUGCCUCUCUGUAUAGUAAUCGUUACUUUCGGUAUUCGUAAGUAACGAGUACUUUGUAACGAAUAGUUACUUUUUCAACAUCACUAAUGGUUGCGCUUAUUGUCAGAAGUGAGAAAACGCGACAGCCAUCGCACCGACAGCUUUUUUUCCCAAAAUUUCAUGCAGGAUAUGACCAACGAAAUCUUUCGAGAUGCGUGAUGUGUCAGCUUUCCCGCGCACCUUAAGUCUGCGGUCUGCCAGUACCAGAUCGUAGAUUUCUUGCAUGUUAUCUUCCAAGGUAGACGUUUUUGUGGCACCAGGGAGUGACUCAUCAAAAACCGACGUGCAACCACGGUGAAACUCGUUAAACCAAUUUUUGACGAUCGCCGUAGAAGGAGAAGAGUCACCUUACAACAUCCAAGUGCUCUUUUAUUUAGCUGUGCUAUUUCCCUUCCAAAAACGACAAUCUAAUUACCGACCGAUAAUGCUCUUUUUCAUUCUUCUAAAAUCCCCAGACAAACUACGAGUCCGAUUCGGCUGAGAUUUUGACAUAGGCCAUCUAUAAGAAUGUAUUACAUGAUAGAGGUCCCGUCCUUUGGGAAGGCACUAAUUUGUAUUUUAUGGCGAAUCUAAAAAUGGUUUAAGAACCGUCUUCAAGUUAGUGCUUGGUUACUCACAUUGAAAUUUUAUUACUGAGUAUUGAAAUUAUUUAAUUCUGUUCCGUUGGUGGUUUACGGUAACAAUUAAAUGAAAUUAAAGUAAGUGUAAACACAACAAACUGUCAAUAAUAUAUUUAUUUGUGUCGGUAAAAUAGCGUGAAUAUUUCUCGAAAGAGGGUUUGUUAUUCUUUGCUAGUGUGGUGGUGUGACUGCCCCGGGUGCCCGCUGUGACUAUACUGACCUACAAACAUUAGUUUUACAUGUCUGCGAUUUUUAAAGAAGUGAAAGACUGAUUUAUUGACAUGUCGAAUUUUGUUUUCUAUAAACUGAACAGACCAUUAACAUCUGGUGUUUUAAAAGCUCAGAAGGCAUUUUACCUGAAUACUGAUAUAUUUCUUAAAAUUUAACAGGCCCUUCUAUGCAUAUGGUUUGUGAAUUUUAAAUGGGACGUAUUAUUUCAUUUUGAAAAAGUUAUUCUUCUUCUUUUUGUAUAGACAUGACUCUGUCUGUUUUUUCAAUGUGCCUCUAGUAAGUUGUCGUUUCAUCGUUUUCGUGGUCUUCCCACUGAUCGUCUUCCUAUUGGGGAACCGUCUUUGGCUGUCCUGACUAUCCUAUUUGUUGUGAUUCGGCUUAUGUGGUCAUUCCAUCCUAUUCUUCUGUUUCUUACCCAGUUAUUAAUGUUAUACACCUUGCAUCUCCGUCGUAUAUCUGUACUUCUAGCUCUGUCCCAUAGAGUCUUAACAUCUAUUUUUCGAAGGGUUUUCAUCUCCGCUGUUUCGAGCAAUCUUUUUGUCCUCUCUGUGUCGGGUCGUGUUUCUGCCGCGUAUGUCAUUAUUGGCGUGAUGACUGUUUUGUAAAUUCUGCCUUUCAUUUCUUUUCCGAUAUUUUUAUUUCUCCAUAUUGUGUCAUUCAGGCAACCUGCGGCUCUGUUUGCUCUAUUCACUUGAUCUUCCACUUCUGUUUCGAGCCUUCCGUAGCUACAGUCGGAAAAAUGAAAGAAUACCCAUGAACGAUCACAUCAAUCACAUAUUUUGUAUUUGCUGUGUUUUUUCCAUAAAUAACAAACGAGAGAGAUAGAUUAAUAAUCUGAAUAAUAUGUCAUUGAUGUGAUCGUUCAUGGGUAUUCUUUCAUUUUUCCGACUGUAGAUAGUGUGAUGCCUAGGUAUUUAAACUCCAUCACUUUUUCUAUUAUCUGACCUUCCAGCUCCAAUUUACAUCUUAUUGGAUCUGCUGUUAUAACCAUGCAUUUUGUCUUUGGCGAGGAAAAGUUAUUAAAAAUUAAAAUUAGCAAAAUAUGAAUUGAAGCUUGUCGCCACAAUUCUAGGGGGGGGGGGCUUAGGAAGAAACUUCAAAUUUGGCUUCUAUACAAGUGCAAUAAUAUGCAAAUUAGUGCCUUCCCAGAUGGACAGCCUAAGUCUGACGUCACAAAUGUCACAAAAUUGGGAGGAGCUUAUAUUGACUCCAAACAAUUUUGUUUGUAACGUUAAAUGAUCAUAAGGAAUUUUUCAUUUAUGUGCUUUGUGUGGCAAAAUAACACUUCAUUUAGGUAUUUCGUUAAAGGAACGUGUUAAUUAAGAGAUUUUUAUUCGUUUUUGCUCAGGUGGUUUUUAUUCCUUAGUGGUUGAAAAUAAACAUAACCUCAAAACUGUUUACGUUUUAAUCAUUGCAUUAAAUUAACUCACCUGGGCAAAAACGAAUACAAAUCCCUUAAUUGACACGUUUAUUCAACUAAAUACCUAAAUGAAAAGUCUUAUUUUGUCACACAAACCACGUAAACAAUAAAUUAAAAAUUCCUUAUGAGUGUUUAACAUUAUAAACAAAAUUGUUUGGAGUCAAAUAUAAGCUCCUCCCAAUUUUGUGACGUCAAGACUUAGGAUGUCCAUUACGGGACCUCUAGUAGAUUUCUCUUGCAACAGUGGCGCCAUCGGGCGAAGAGCGAAGUACUUAUUAGACCACCCACCUAUAUAUGUAACUCAAAUAAAUUCGAAAUCGAUUUUCUCUGCUUUUCAUCAUCGUUAUCAUAACUUUUGAAACUGCGGAUAUCAUGAUCUGUUUAUAAUCGACGCAAGCGAAUUUAGGUAAGAAGGAAUAAUGUUCAAACGAAUUAUAGAAAAAUGGUUGAAUGUAUUGCUAAAACACCGCAAAGACUGUAUAAAUAUGUUAAAAAUUCUUUGAACAUUCUUCGCACAUAGUACAGGAUACUUGAAAAUAUUUUUGAAAAUGUUAAAAUAGUGAAAAGAUCUCAAGUUUUCGAAAAGAGGAAUUUGUUACUAAAUUAAUUAGAUUUAAAAAUACCUGAAGUAUUCCAGUCAAAGUCCUGAAUUUUUUUAAAUUAAUUAAUUAAUUUUUGGUUCAAUUAAUAUUUUGAAAAUGUCUUUGCAUAUGUUCUGAUCGUAACAUUCGUCAUUAUAAUAGUCUAUUCACUCACGGUAAAAUAUAGCAAAACCUCCGGAUUUUACAGAACCGCUUGAAUUGACAUAAAAGGCAUACACAUAGCUAACAUGUCAAAGAAAAAAAGUGAUAUUGUGCCGAUGUGUGCUUUUGCCCUGGGGUGGGUACCACCACUCCUCGGGGGUGAAAAAACAUACGUUCAAAAUAAGUCUAUAGAAUAACUUUUAUUCUAUAGAAUUUUUUCACAAAGUCAAUACUUUUCGAGCUAUUUGCGAGGAAAUAUGUUAAUUUUUCAACAAAAACUACGUUUUUAGACGGGUUUUCGCAAAUAACUCAAAAAGUAUUUUAUCGAAAAAAAUAUUCUUAGCAAAAAUAUAGCUUAUAAAAAAGUGAAAAAAUUGUGUAUGUAUGAAGUCUGUAGACCCAGUAGAAGUAGAGUUGUAGAUAAUGAAAAGUAGGUUCAUAUUCGUCAAAUUCCAUUUCGAAUAUUUCAACGUGAAAUAACCAAAAAAAUUAAGCACUUUUCCGGGAAAACUCAUCACUUUUUUAAAGUGUCUAAAAAAGCUUUAUUUUUGUUUUUUUAAAGUUUCCGUAAUUUUCCGUAAAAGUAAACCGUAAAGCGGUAACGAUUAAUUUAAUUUGGGAUGCCAAUUAGGGGGUGAUUUUCACGAUUUUUUUUUUUACCAAAAAAGGGGACCACACUUUAUUUUUAGUGUAACUUGCUUACUUUUGAUGCUAGAAAGUUUUUAAAAAACAUAAAUAAAGCUUGUUUAAACACACACAAAAAGUUGUGAUGUGUUUUCCCCGAAAAUGCUUCAUUUUUUGGUUAUUUCACGUUGAAAUAUUCGAGUUGAAAUUUGACGAAUAAGAACCUACUUUUAAUUACCUACAAAUCUGCUUGUAUUGAGUCUGCAGACUUUACACAUACACUAUUUUUUCCCUUUUUUAUAUGCUAUAUUUUUACUGAGAAUAUUUGUCCCGAUAAAAUACUUAUUUUUUGAGUUGUUUGCGAAAAUCCGUCUAAAAACGUGUUUUUUUGUUGAAAAAUGAACAUAUUCACUCGCAAAUAACUCGAAAAGCAUUGACAAAGUGAAAAAACUAUAGAACAAAAGCUGCUUAGAAUUAGUCAGUUUAUACAUUUCCGGAUUACUCACUUACUUUGAACGUAUGUUUUUUCACCCCCAAGAAGCGGUGGUACUCACCCCCCAGGGCAAAAACACACAUCGUCACAAUAUCACUUUUUUCUUUGACAUGUAUUUUCUAUGUGUAUGCCAAAUUUGAUGUCAAUCCAAGUGGUUCUUUAAAAUCCGAAGCAAAAACCGUGAGUAAAUGGACUGUAAUUAGAUUGUUACUGUCACAGUUUGGAAUAAACUGUUGCUGAUGAACGUUUUUACCAAUUUUUGGUGUCCACCGAUUGAUCUGACAAGGCACUCUCUGACGAGAUUGGCGAGCAAUGGAUAGUACUAUUUUGUCAAGUAAUACCGACGUCGAUUUGCUAAUAAAUGAGAAUAAAAUCAAUCUAUUUAUUUUCUUUCUUGGUGAGUUUGAUUUAACCCUUUCAGCUCCUUUUCUAUAUUCUCAACCUCAGCUCCUGUGCCGGCAGAAAUAAUUUCGUUUGAAUACCAACGCGCUUGCGCGUCCGUGACACUAAUCUAGUCAUAUUUGGACGCGCGUACGCGUAACCGGAACUGAAAGGGUUAAAAAGCCAAUGUAGCGAAGUAUUCACUUAAAAUUAUAUUGUAUAAAAUUGAUUACAUUGUUUUACAAUAAAAAUAUUGAAUUUCUACCGAAUCCAAUGUAGCAAAGUAGUCAUUUAAAUCUAUAUUGUAUAAAAUUGAUUACACUGUUUUAGUAUAAAAAUUAUUUAAUUUCUAACCGAAUCGACAAUAUAAACCCAAGUUGCUGUUUAUUGAAUCUUUUACCAUUUUAAGAAGAGUCAACAUAUUUUUGACUGGUCAGUUGGUUGGUAAAACGAGUGCCAAUACACCACAUACAUUAUAUAUUUUAAAUUAGUCUCUUCCAUCAACUACAAAACAUAGACCUCUUGAAGUAAUCCAUGGUAUUCUUCGUAUCUUCGUAGUUCUUCAAGUUACUAUUGAUAGAACAAUAAAUAUUUUGGUUUUUGCUUAACAAGACAGCAACAUUGUUAACUGAAUGUAGAUUUUCAUUUUCAGAACUUCAAGCAAUUUUUUGUUUCAAUUCGCUCGUGUUCUAGUUUUCUGUGCUAGUAUGUACCAGGACAUACAGUAGGAAAAAUGAAAGAAUACCCAUGAACGAACAUAUAAAACACGCUGUAUUUUCCUGUCACCGUGUCAUACAAAAAAUUGGCCAGCGCAAGUACAUGUAAUAAUUAUUAUUACAUGUACUUGCGCUGGGCAAUUUUCUUUGUGACACGGUGACAGGAAAAUACAGCGUGUUUUAUAUGUUCGUUCAUGGGUAUUCUUUCAUUUUUCCGACUGUACUAAUCUUAAUACAGUCGUGAGUCGUUAGGCUCAACGUAGACUCAAUAUCAAUGUUGACUCUUUUCUAAACAGAAACUUAUUUAUAUUUUUGUAUUGGGUUAAAAUUGUAAGUGAUGAAUAUUUUUUUAAUAUUGACUGCAUCCAAUAGACUAAUCUUUUGUGUAAUAUUGUAUUAUUUAUUUGUGUCAAUAAUUACGACAGGUUACAACUCAAAGUGUGGUAUUAUAGCUUAGCCAUAUUUCAAUAUGAGAGAUUUUCUAACUAAAUGUUACACAUUUUAUUAUUUCAUUAUAAAACAAUAAAGUAAACGAAGAUUGUGUAAAGUAAACGAAAAGUCUUUAUAUCAAAAACAGGUGUUUGUUACCAUUUCGUAUACCGUGAGCGUCUAAAGUCUUCCAUCCUAAGGUAAACAAAUUCAUUAAAUUUUUAGGUAAGUCAACUAAAGUAAAGUUGUCCUGGCAGCUCCUGGAACUGCUAACUCACAACUUAAUGUCGCCGGUCGACGUUAUUUCAAAUAAUUUUUCAAAUAUCAAAUUGUACAAAAUACAGUGCUUUUUAGAUAAAACUAUCCACCUAAAUAACUUUUGAACCACUGAUUUUUAGAAAAAGCGCAAAAAUACGUCAAAUAAUAUUUGUAGGGGGAGACAUCAUGCCAUAUUUAAGCUUGUCGGCAAAGGCACUCUCUCACUCUCCGUAUCAUCCCUUAUUUUUUUUAAAUUACUUCAUUUCAAACAUUUACUAACAUUUCAAAAUUUUAACAAUUAUUCAAAAUGACUUGAAAUUUUGAAUGAUUAUUGUUAAAAUUUUGAAUUGAUUUGAAGAUUUGUUUAAAGGGGACAUUUUUGAACAGGACUUCACAACCCAUUUGUUGAUAACAAUUUUCUAUAACAUAUUUUUAUAUUGACAUAAAAAGUUAGAAAAUCACUCGAUAUGACUUACGAAAACCGUAUCUCUCGACAGUGCCUAAAUUCUUAACAUUCUGCUUCAAAAUCCUGACUUAUAACUUCUGUUUUGGCCAUGAAUAUAAUGUGAUAGCAAAAAUUUUGCUCGGUAGAGAGAAGGGAGAUAAUUUUGUGGAUGAACAGUUGGAGGUUGUCGGUUAGCGACGUUGAGGUUUUUUACAUAUUUUUGAUUUUUUCAUAAGAUCCGCACGUCGUGAAUUUUUCACUGUGUGAUUAAAUGUGUAUGUUUCAUCACAAAAAGACAAUUUUCUCUAUUUAGGAGAUUAAGAAAAUUUUAGUUAGGUAUAGUUGUUAGGAAAGUAUUGGUUGUAAUGUUUAAUAAAAUUUUGACACUAUUUUGUAAUAUUUAGAUUAAUUUGAAGCUUAAUAGGCCAUGAGAAAAUGGAACAGGUAAGGGGAAGCUUAUUAUUUAUUUAGAUAGUCUUACGCUAGCCGUUGCCUUUUGGCCACGUUAUACUAUCUGAACAACAAACAAAUAAAUUCUGUAUACAGCGAGGAGUACGGCAAGGAGACACCAUCUCGCCAAAGCUAUUCACAACUCUUAGAACAUACUUUUAAGAGGACAGAUCUAAACGAAUAUGUUAUCAACAUAAAUGGAGAGAAGCUCAGUCAUUUGAGAUUCGCAGAUGACAUCGUCCUUAUAGCCUAUCGUAUGGAUGAUGCAAUAAUAAUGUUGAACAAAUUAUAUCACGCUUCCAUAGAGGUCAAACUAAAGAUUAACAUCAACAAGACGCAAAUAACUAAUCUGGUGCUAAAUCGUAAUAUUGUUGAUAGAAUGGAUAUUGAGUAGUCUACAUCUUAUAAGUACUUGUGACAUGAAAUUCGGUUGGGAAGAGAUAACCAGACGUGCGAGCUCCCACGUCGCAUAGGAUUAGCCUGGGCAGCGUUUGGUAAACUGAACUAUGUAUUUAAAUCGGAGUUACCCAUAUGCCUCAAAAGGAAAAUCUUUGACCAGUGUGUGUUGCCUGUACUCACUUAUGGAGCCGAAGUAUUAACACUCACAAACAAGGUAGUGAACAAGAUUCGCGUUGUUGGGUGUCUCCUUGAGAUACCGAAUCACAAACGAAGAAAUACGCCGUAGAACCAAAAACAACAGACGCAGACGUUGGAAAAAAUCGCGUCGCUAAAGUGGAAUUGGGCAGGACACGUCGCCAGAUUGUCAGACAACCGAUGGACAAAACGUAUUAUCGAAUAGAGGCCACGAGAAGAAGCACUACGGAGCAGAAGACGCCCACCAACCAGAUGGGCCGACGAUCUGAAGCAUGUUAUCGGUAACUGGAUGCAAGCCGAACAAAACAGAGACAGAUGGAAAGGGCUGAGCUUCCUCAGCUUCCUCAGUACCUAUGUCCAUCAGUGGACGCGUACGGGUUGAUGAUGACGAUGUUUUAAUUAAAGGAACAAUAUUCAGAUGAACAUAUUUAUGAAUAAGUCUGUGCUCUAACUAGACGAAAAUACAAAUCCCAUCCCAUUAAGAGAGGAGUUAAACAAGGAAACGUAAUAUCAACACAACUUUUUAAUCUAGUCCUGGAAGGCGUCUUCAACACCUCAGAUUCCCUGACGACAUCGUGAUUAUGGCCAGCACAUUCCAGGAACUACAAAUUAUGAUGGAGUAACUCGCAGGCAGCUCCCAGUACGUCGGCCUAAAAAGUAUGACAAAAACAAAAACAAUGAAAAACACAGACGACCCCAGACGUAUAACUAUAAAUGGCACUGAGAUCGAACAAGUCCAUGAAUAUAUCUACUGGCCAAAUUCUGAAACUUGAAAAAGAGAAUCAAAGUGCGGAAGUCACUAGAAGAACAAGACUGGGAUGGGCAGAAUUUGGUACACUUAGUUGGAUACUUAAGAGCCGCAAAAUACCUCCAUACAUCAGGAGCAGAGUGUUCAACCAGUGUAUCCUUCCUAUCAUGACAUAUGGAUGUCAAACAUGGACCCUUACCAAGGCCAAUAUGAAUAAACUAGCCACAAUAGAAAGGGCAAUGGAAAGAACAAUGCUAGGUAUACGACUGUCAGAUAAAAAGAGGAAAGACUGGCUAAGAUGAAAAACAAAAGUCAAGGAUACCACAACAAAAAUUGUCAAACUCACAUGGAGCUUCGCAGGCCACAUUGCUAGACAAAAAGACCAAAGUCGACCAAAUUCUUAGAUGUUACGUGAAAGCUGAACAUAACUAUUCUCCAGAGGUUAAGAAAAAACAGAAACUAUUAACACCGUAAAGAACAGAAAAUUGACUUACUUCGGCCACAUUAUGCCUAAUAGUAAAUACCGACUUCUACAGUUGAUUCUACAAGGUAAGAUUGAGGGCAGGAGAAGCCCUGGAUGUAGACAUAUAUCCUGGUUGGCGAAUCUUAGAAGUGGUUUGGUCUAACGUCAACUAAAAAUGAAUUCUUAAACAAUAGUUAUCAGUGUACUUGAAAACUGUAAGGAACCCUUUUUAUAAUUGCGUAAAAUUUAUAAACCUAAUAAAUUAUAAGCACUACUUUAAUAGAUAAAAAAUGUUAUGUACUUUUUGAAACCAAUGAUUUGUUAUUAAUUUUAAUAUAUUUAUUUGUAUGUAUUGUAAUUUAUAAAAUGGCGAGUGAGUCUGUUAAUAACCAAAUAAUUUGUUUAAUUAAAAUUUUGCGCAUGAAGAGACAUGUGCAUAUAUUUUACAAAAAAAAUUCUGCAUUGUCCUCAGCAGUUUUUGGCCAAUAUACCGAUAUGCACAGCAUACAAUACACUAAGGGUAAGAACAGAACAAGUGGAGGUGGAGGUGUAGGUCGCGGUCGAUGUCGAUAUCCAUGUAAAACAAACACAUUGUAGUGAAUGGAAGCGAACAGAGCAGGUAAGUCGCGGUGGAGGUUUAGCGCGACAUCGAUGCUGUUGAAAAUAAAAUGAGUUUGUUUUACAUGGAUGUCUACUGCGCGGCCUACAAGGAUGCUUCCCUGUGAUUGGUCCGUUCGAAGCCAAGUUGUCAUUAACUGCCCUAUCUGAGUUGAUACUUUUUAUAAUAUAAUCCCUUUUUUUAUUCAGUUUAUUUUUGAAUUUCUAAAGUAAUUAAAUUCAGUAAAUUUUUAAAAUAUGAAGGAGGAUCUGAUUAUUUACAGCUGACAUUUCAUCACUAUCAUUACUUGACUGACACAACAUCGCAAAAGCACAGUCUUUUUGCCAUUCAAAUUUCAUUAAACUACUUCACUUGAUAGUGGUUCUAGCUCGACUGACAGCGCAGGUGACCUCCUUGCUAUGUGCUGUCGACAUCGACCGCGACUUAACUAGUAGCAUCCACCGCGACCUACACCUCCACCUCGACCCACUUGUUCUGUUCUUACUCUUACUGUUGAAUUAGAUGUUACUUAACACAUGCGCUGCCGAUCACGCACCAGCGCGUGAUAUGUUUACUUCAGUCAGGUGCCGUUCAACAAAACGGCUCCUGAGUUCCAUUCUCUUCGAUAGGCAGCGAAUGGGUUAAAAGAAAACAAAAUUGUUGCAUUCUUCUGUUAGUACGACUGAGGAAGGAUCAAAUAUGCCAGGGAUGAUGAAAUUUGAUGAAUGAGUUAUUAGGUGUUGGCUUUGCCUGAUACAUUUAUCACUAAGUAGAAUAUCGACUAACAUCGUUACGAAUUAUAAUACAACAUAUUUCAUACCGAUGUUACUUAUUUGUUAUAAUCGUCGCUGAUAUAUUUGUUAUGCUCUUCGUCAGAAGAACGGAUGCUAGGAAUUAUAAACCAAAGUUUAUUCUAAGAUGUAUCAAAUUAUUUGUUAGUUUAAUGAUUAAAUUUAUUAAUUGGUUUUUCUAAAAUUCGAAACAGUCUCAUAAAAUUUUGAUAAUCUUUUGAUAGCAUUUUUAAACAUUGAAUUUGUGCAGAAGUAAAAGUAAUUUAUUUGUCUUUUUGUGAUGUGCCACGGAUAAUUAUAUUUUAAAAUAACAUUAAUAUCUUUGUUAUUUAAUUUGUAUAUAUAAUAAAAUAACUAUAGACUGGAUGAAUAAAGCCACGUUAAUCUUGA